UAUCUUUCGCGCGAGCCGCAAGCCCGACGCGCGAGCCCUGUUGUUCUUCUCCGUUUCAAGGUGGUGUUGAUUCAGGACCUGGAAGUGCUGUUUUUCGGUGUCUGAUUUGCAGUAAAUAUUUUGUCCUGGUGCAAAACAAAAACGGAUAAACUGGAGAAGCCUACGAUGAAGCUUGCCACAGCCAACAUGCAGCUGCGGGCUGAUAUUCGCAGCGUGCAAUCACAGCUUAAAUCAGCUAUACAGAACCAUCAGAUGAUUGUGUUUAAGCUGAAGGAUCGUCCUGUAUCUAUUAAAUUGAGGGUCCAGAUGUGCAAUGUCCAACGCCACAUUGUUAGUUUGGGAGAAAAGCAGAAAAAACUUCUUACUCAGUUACGGAAGGAAUUGGAAAUUACUGGAGGUGUGAUAAAAACAGAACAAAAACCUUAUGUUCAGCCCCUUCAAAGCUUUCAACCAAAUCCAAUGAAUCAAUUAGUAUCAUCAAAACCUAUUUCAAUCAAAAAGGAGCCCGAUUUCAAAUCUGAAGGCUCUGAUGCAAGUGAUAAUCCUGCAGUCCCUGUGAAGUCUGAAGUGGUUCCUCACACUUCUAGAAGGAAGUCAAAACUUGUUGCUACUCCGGACUUGCCUAAUAUUAAUGGCCGUAGUGCUACCCCAUCUACAUCUCCAUCUCAAAAAGAAAAUACACCAUCAAGCACUCCCUCCUCAUCGCCAACACAUUCAAUGAAUGUUAUAAAAUCACAGAAGCAAAGCUCAAAUAAGACUCCCAAACGUGAAAACACUCAGCCUUCAACAACUUCAGAUGAUUCACAGGACACUUAUAUUAACCUUCCUGUUGAUCCAGAACAGCGGAAAAAGUUACAGUUUAUGACUGCUUUAAGUUUAGUAACACGAGAAGUCUUAACUGAACUACAAAACCGCAGGACUGAGAGGAAACGUCGCAGCACUGCUAACCCCCAAUUUUAUUAUGGAACUGGUCCAGAUUUGAAACGAAAGAGACCAUUGUACCUUGCCAAUACUGCUGUUGGAAUAGUACCUAUAAUUCACCCCGCAAAAACUUUAGAUCAACAAAAACCUCAGUCAUGUUAUUCGUGCGCUUCUCUCAAUGGUGUUAUGUGCCAAUGCUCUUCAUGCCACAAAGCAUUCCACUGGCACUGUGUUUUUGAUCCAGCUGUUCCUAUUGCUUCAGGAGAAGCACUGAAAUGCCGGACAUGUCUUUCCACCUCACAAACAAAUGGACAAGCAUAAAGUUUUGUCACUUCAAAUAUUUGUAGCAAGGUGGCACAAUUUGAAUCUAAUGGAGGUAAGGAGUUCUUAGAGUCCUAAAGUCUUACUAUAGAACUUCAAAGGAUCUUACCCAUGCCUUCUUGUGUAGAUUUUCUUGUAACUGAUUUCUUUAUUAGGCUGUCAGAGAUUUCAUUUUAAUUGGAUUAGAAGAGUGAUGCUCAAGGUAUCUUUUUCCUCUAUUGGUGUAAAACAAAUGGUAUUUCAAAGUAUUCUCUUCACUUUGUUUUCAAAGGUUUUCAUUCUCUGUGACGUUUGAGGGUGAUGCUGUUGUGCUUUUAUGGCCUAAUUUCUUUUUUCUUUUUUUGUUUUUGUUUUUUGAGACUCAGCUACAUAUAAUUAAUGGUAUUUUACUCUUUUCCCAAUGGAAACUGCUGUUGUGAUAUAGUUUUAGGAAGGUUAGUGAAUGAUUGCGUGUUAUCUAGAUUGAAGGAUGACUGAGUCAUGUAGUCAUAUAAAUUUGAUUUACUGGUCUUUGAUUUCUACCAAUGAAACUAUUGUAAACUAUUGGCUUAAACUAUUGAGUUGUUAUUGGGAUUUGCUGAUGGCAGAUUUAAUGUGAAUAGAUUUCUGUUUUGACCAGUACCUAAUCUUAAAGUUUUGGUAUAAUCAAUCCAGACUUCAAAGCCAAUGCUUCCAGUUGCAGUGAUAUACUUGUGGUAUUCAUCUUGUUUAUUGAGUUUCAUUGUUGCACCUUCAUAGUCGAUGAACUGAUCCUGCUCAUUUUUCAUCUGACAAGUUUUAAUUUAUUUUUCAUGUAGGUAGAAUUUUAUGCCCUAAGUUAAGAGUGUGUAAAUCAGAACAACUAUGAUCCUCAUACUGCAAGGCAAACUAUUUUAGGAAACGAUUUUUUGUCUGUCUGAUGACUCUACUGCAAAUCUGAAUUUGGGAGUCCAAUUGUCCAGAGAGGAGUGCAUUGUACAUGUUACUUUUCAGUUUCAUGUGAGCUGCGUAUCUCAAAUUCUGUGAUUGUUAUUAUUACAAUUUUUCAUUUUCUCUAUUUGUUCGUAGUUGUGACUUAAUUAUGUCACAAAUCUUGGUUGGUGUGGUGUUCUUUCUUCUCUUGACCAUUUUGUACAAAUGGUAUUUCCGUGUGCAUCAUUAUGUUCAAUGCUUUUACAUUAAUCAUUUCUGAAAGGAGAGAAAUUUAACAAUCUGUGUUUUAAGUAAUGUUAAAAUUUUGGGAAAAUUAUGAUAAAUAAUUUGGUAGGUUGUAGAAUGGGGCUGAUAAUUAAUGUACCCCAGUCACAAAUUGAUACCUCACUCCAACUUACUGGACUGAACUGCUUUGUGGAAGCACAAGAGCACUUAAAUAAUGUCUCAAUUACAUGUUGUAUGAAUUCUGCCCCCAGUAUUCAAACUACUGUGUCCUUGUCAUCUGCACAAUUCGUGUCUCUUGCUGUAUUUCAAAUUGAUUAUAGAUUUGUGCCAAAGGUGAUUUCUUCAGCUUGCUGAUUUUGGUUUUUGAUUUUCAUUGUCGCAUUUGUAUGUUUUUGCCUGAAGACUUUCUGGUUAUAGCAACAGCUGACAAUCUGGUUAUGUAUGUGUGUUUUAAUAAUGUCUUACAGCUUGGUGUGUUACAAUUUCAAGUCUAAAUUUACUCCUAGAGAAAGCUUAAUUUUAUUUUUCUGAUUUUACUCACCUAAAGAAUAAUAUCUCCGUUUUUAUUUAAAGCAUUAUUCAGUUCUUGACAAGAAAAUUUAUGUUUUUCUUCCUGUUGUUUCAAUAAAUUCAAAUCUCCAAGAUUUGGAAAUAAAA